GGACGUUUUCAAGCUGUCCAAAUAUAAAAGGCCUAAGAAGUCUUGGGAAAAAGGUUGGAUGUUUUCAUCUUUCUUAGUAUAAAUAUGACGGCCCUUAAAUAUCACGUAAAUACGAUUGUUCUUAAUGUAAAUAUUUACAAAUUAUUAGCGGAUAGGUUGAAAGUGAAAGGCGUAACAAUAUUUCUAUAAGAUAAUUGUGAUGGGUUAUUAUAACUUUAAUUGCUAAUAAGUAUGUCCUUAGGAUACAAAUUUCUAUUAACAACCGAUAAUAGAGGAAGUUAGGUAGUUUUAAAGCUUUUGAAAAGGUUCUUACGUUGAACAAACUUCAACUGACAACACAGAAAAAUAACAAAGCAAAAACACACAAACAGAGAUGGACGCUCCUGUUAUUAUUGCCGUUGUAUUGCUGAGUAUAACAUUCGUUCAAUGUUUAUACAACGAACCUGCUUGUUUGAACGCAAAAGGAGAGUGCCUGCUGACGUCAGCAUGUCCAUCUGGCAGUCAAAAAAGUGGUCUCUGCCCAACGCAAGCUUAUAAUGUCAAGUGCUGUGUGCCGUAUAACGAAGACCCAUGCGAAUAUAAAAGUGGACGUUGUCAAUGGAAAAAUCACGCUUGUGAUGGAUUGUAUUCGAGUGGACUUUGUCCUACACAAGCCGCUGGUGUAUUGUGCUGUGUACAAAAUAGCAACUGUCCAGAAAAGUACAGUCAUGCUUUGCAAAAAAUGUUUAAAUUCGAAGGAAAAUGUCAAAAUUGGCGGGAAGACUCAGGUAAUUAUUUUGAGGGGAGACUUGGAUAUACUUGCAUGGGCGUAACACCAGGCGUUGGAUGGAACAACAGAUACCUUUUUGACAAUUGUGGAGGUUAUACAAGCUACCCUGCACUCUUUGUAAAAUAUUGUUACGAUAGAAAUCCUUCUUCAUUCAAGAAAGGCGUCGAAAAGUUGUACAUUAAAAAUUAUCUCAGUGUUUGUGAUAAACUUGCUGAUCCAGCAUUUUUCGUUUGUGGGGACAUUUCGUUAAACUCUGGUCCAGGACGUGUAAAGACUUUCAUGUCUGAGCUUGGUUCACCUGGGAAUGAUAUCAAAGGUUAUGCGCGGCGUUUAAACCAACUGCAUCGUGAUUUCUACAUAAGAAUUACUCGACGCAAUCCUGAAUACCAGCGGUUUAUAGCAGGUUGGCUUCAACGAGCGGAUGAAAGGGAUUCUUACAUUAACAAUUAUACUUGUAACUAAAACAAAAUCAUUUUUCUCGCAUGCUAAAGCACACAUGUACUUUUGUCUUGAAUGAUAAAUAAAUAAAUUCAUUUAAAUUUUUUGCCCAGUUACUGUUUGUCUUAGGUAGUUUUUGUUCUCAGAGCUGUUUGAGAUACGUGUAUCUCAAAGAGCUCUGGGGACGAGAAUGGUCUUAGGUUGGCUUAUUGGUUAGAAAGUGAUAUUGCAAUAGAAACAUAUCUACAUUUUCACUAGGACUUACGGACUGAAAAAAGAUUAAUAGAUCCUGGGAACGAGUUUGGGUCACACAGGAUUGUUAGUUUGCUCACCUGUGCAGGUGUGUCGUCGCAGUCAUGAGCAAUUAUUUAAAGUAAUAAACACAUUUUAAACUCAUUCUGAACGUAGAACAGACAUGCAUGUGCUCCUGAAUAUUCUCAUUGCAGCUUGCAUGGCAAGUUCUUUUCUUGCUGUGAAAUGGCCGUGUGACAAGAAAGAAGCUAUUAAAGCGUUUAAGGAGAAAAAUGUGGUAAACCCGUGGCCAUCAUUUAAGAACGAUCCAUACAAGAACCAAACUAAAAAGUCGAUGAAAGUUAUCAAAGACUACCUGAAAGACGAAACAAGUGUGUGCGCUCUCCGUUAUGUAACGCCUGCCAAAGAUUUAUACGACUUGCGGGACUUUCCAAGCAACAGAUCAGCAGUCGAAGCAGGGUACAUUGUAACACACCAAGGCAGAUGUGGAGCGUGUUCAGAUCUGCAGGACUUAGCAGUGUACCUGGAAAAAAACUUGACAAAACCCGUCCGUGCAUGUGGAGCUCGAAUGGUUGGAUUCCUAAUUCGCAGAUGUCUGUACGGGCUUGGUUUUACAUCCAGUUGCGUCGACAUAUGGGAAGCGAAUAUUCACAACACAAGAAGAGAAUGUUUUAUAGUGUGUAUGAAAGCUUGGAUUCUUGGUACUCCCAAUAAUCUUCCUGAUGGUCGAUUAAACGAUUGCUUGCAAUGUGAUGAAGAUAAAUCUGGUCCUGUUUUUAAAUAUUUUGCAGGACGUACCAGAAGAAAUAGUGGAAUCGAGAGUGCAAUAAAUCGUCCAGGGACUACAGUUUACAACAUGACUCAUUGUUAUUAUUAGCGUGACAUUAUUGAUUACAAAAGUUAACAAUACGCAGUUUAUUUUAA